AUGUCUCAACGAGCUCAAGACAUCUACCCUUCAUCGAUGCUGUCCAAGGGUCACGGUUAUCCAUCGUGGCUUCCAGACAUGCCUUCAAAUUGGCCUGAGGCUUAUCUUUGUCAUGGAACGCAAAUUGGCGACGUUGGAUUUCUUGACGAACAUGGAGGAUUCGAAUAUCUCUUCAAUGUGUGCAAGAGUGCUGAGGAUCCCAUUAAUCUGAAUAGAGUUCCUCCCAACUUUGUUCCCAUUCAGAAUCCUGGGGUACUAGAACAGCGCGGUUUCGAUAAGGAUUCGGUGAUCACCAGUACAUCUGUUUUGGUACAAAGGUCGACUGAAACCAAGCAUGUUUCCUUCUACUACUCAACUGUUCCCCUUUUGACUUGUAACAGUAGUUUCCAAUUCCCGAGUUCAAACACUCGGGGUGCAGUACUCAUCCUUCUCGAUGGCAGCGAAUCUUACAAUUCCAAGAAUCCUAGUUUGCUUGCGGAAUACGCAGCUUCCAAUGCUCAUAGCUGGUACAAAUACAUUAAUGACGAUCAGGGUAGGAUGAUCCGGAACGGUUCGCUGUACCUAGUCACUGGAUGCGACAAAUGCCGCUGGUAA